GUAAACGAGGGCACUAUUAGAUUAUGUACGGUACGAAGUUGGCGCGCGGUUGAAGCCGUUCCGCUUCCCAACGCUAGGAGCCCAAACGCGGCAGCGCGCAGCCUCAAAGCGACCAAAGCGGCUUAGUGCGCGCACACAUUUAAUCAUUCCUACUGCUUCUACUUUUAUUAUAGUUGAAAGAUCCGAGCAGAUUAGAGCUCAGCUUGACAGCUCGGAGGUCCCACUGCGAGGGUGUGUGUGUGUGUGAGCGUGCGUGUGUUUGUGCGUGUAUGUGUGUGUUUCAGGGGUUUUUUUGGGGGGGAAAGAGCAGUGCCUGUUUAUUUUAGCAAAGUGUUUUAACACGAGGACGCAUCGCUCCGUCCUCUGGAACAAGGAGACCAGAGAAUGAAGGCAGCGGCGGGGUUUUACACAGCGAAGAUGCUGCUCUUGAUCACGGUACUGAUGAUCGCACCGGGAAAAGGUUUCUUCUUGGAUGGAAAGAUGGCAGUCACUCAGAGAGGAGAGUCCGAUGACAAACAUGGUGGGUUCCACGGUACACCGGACACAGGCAGAGAUCUUCCCUUGGUUACUACAGCUCCACCUUUCACUGACCUUAACCACCACUUUCAGUUCAAAACUAUUUCUCAACCUGAUCCACACUAUCAAAGCCAGGGAAUGUCCAAAGACAGCAGAGAGAUGGACCAUCAUCUCUUUAAGGCUCUCUCUGCUCAACCGGUUCCUCAUGAGGAUGCAGCGGCGUUCUCAGAUAUGGCUACAGGGUCUUUCUUUGCUCAUGAUGCUAAGCUCGCUGCUGAGAGACUGAAGCAGAGUGAAGCUGCUGGAGAAACCCAGGGGCAGAGCUUCGAGGAACUAUCCACAGAAUCACUGACCACCAGUAUCGUGCCAUCUUCCGACCCACCUCCCUGCAACACAGCUCCUGGAGAACAGUUAGGAAGUCCCCAUGCAGCAACCACUCAAGAGACUGAGGGUGUUACGACUCUGGUGAUGAGAAAAGAAGAGGAACAAUCAAAGACCAGAGAGAAACGCAAGGGUCCUAACAUUGAAGCCAGCGCAGUGACUGUGUCUGGGGAUCAGGAUGAUGAGACCACCACAACCACUAUUUUCACCACCACUAUUAUUACCACAAUACAGACUCCAGCUCCGUGCAGCAUCAAUUUCACGGCACCAGGGGGCUAUAUAGAGACACCACCACAAGGCAGCUGUGACUACUCCACCUUUGACUGCACGUACACUGUGUCCGUCUACAUGGGCUACGGGGUGGAGAUUCAGGUGAUAAACGUGAGUUUGGCUGAAGGCGAUUCUGUGAGGUUUGAGGAUCUGGGAGGCCACGAACCAUCGGUGCUGGCGAAUGAGUCCAUCCUGAUGAAGGGCUUGGUGGUGCGCAGCUACAGCAACCAGAUCUCCGUCCACUUCCACAGCCGGCGGCCCUGCCACGGAUCCUUCCUGUUACUCUACCAAGCAUUUGUCCUGAGCUGUAAUUUCCCUGAGCGGCCGGCAUACGGUGACGUAACCGUCAGCAGUCUGCACGCGGGAGGAGAAGCUUAUUUCUACUGCUUUACUGGCUACCAGAUUCAGGGCCCCUCCACCCUCACAUGCCUCAAUGCUACAACACCACAUUGGAAUGGAAAAGAACCCAGGUGUCUCGCGGCCUGUGGUGGACUGAUAAAGAACGCCUCACUCGGCCGCAUCGUGUCUCCUGGUUUCCCCAGUAACUACAGCAACAAUCUGACAUGCCACUGGGUGCUGGAGGCUCCAGAAGGACAGCGGCUGCAUGUUCACUUUGAGAAGGUGGCACUCGCCGAGGAUGAUGACAGGUUACUCAUCAAAAACGGGAACAACAUUGACUCUGCAACACUCUAUGAUUCUUAUGAGGUGGAAUAUUUACCCAACGAGGGCAUCGUCAGCACUUCUAGAUAUCUUUUUAUCGAGUUCACCACCGACGGCUCAGGCACCAACACAGGAGCCGCAAUCAGAUAUGAAGCUUUCGCACUGGGGCAUUGCUAUGAGCCUUUUGUCAAGUAUGGCAACUUCACCAGCAGUGACAAUAGCUAUGGUGUUGGUGCAGUGGUGGAGUUCAGCUGCAAUUCGGGAUACACGCUGGAACAAGGUUCAGUUAUCAUCGAGUGCAUGGACCCCAAAAACCCCCAGUGGAAUGAGACUGAGCCUGCCUGCCGAGCGGUGUGUAGUGGGGAGAUCACUGAUUCGGCUGGAGUGGUGCUGUCUCCGAACUGGCCUGAAGCUUAUGAUAAAGGCCAGGACUGCAUCUGGGGAAUCCAUGUGGAGGAGGACAAGCGGAUCAUGCUGGACAUCCAAAUCCUCCACAUGGGAACGAAUGACCUGCUGACGUUCUAUGAUGGAGACGAUCUGACUGCUAAGGCACUGGGGCAGUACAGUGGCUCACGGCCACGAUUCAAGCUCUACACAUCUACAGCUGACGUCACCAUCCAGUUUCAGUCAGACCCUGCCACCAAUGUUUACGGCUACAACAACGGCUUUGUGGUGCACUUUUUCGAGGUUCCUCGUAAUGACACAUGUCCAGAGCUUCCUGAGAUAACUAAUGGCUGGAAGACGACUUCUCACCCUGAACUGGUGCAUGGUACAGUAGUAACCUAUCAGUGUUACCCAGGCUUCGAGGUGGUGGGUACUGAAAUGCUCAUGUGCCAGUGGGACUUAACGUGGAGUGGGGACCUGCCUACCUGUGAGAGAGUGCUGUCAUGCCCAGACCCUGGUAUGGUAGAGCACAGCCACAGGGUGAUGUCAGGUCCUCGACUGAUAGUAGGCUCCACAGUGCAGUACAUCUGCAACAAGGGCUACUCUCUAUCUGGAAACAGUCUCCUUUCCUGUUACAAGCGCGAUUCCACGGGACCCAAGUGGAGUGAGAAACCACCCAAAUGCAUCCCUGAUACGUAUGAAGCCUGUAGGAACCCUGGAAUCCCAGCAUUCGGUAUCCAGCUAUCAGAGAAGCAGUUCUACCAAGCAGGAGAGAUAUUGCACUUCUCCUGCCUAAGUGGCUACAAGCUCAUUGGGGAGGCGAAUAUUCGGUGUGUCCCCAGUCGCCCAUCAAAGUGGAGUCACCCGCUUCCAGUGUGCAAAGCAGCAGUACUGGUGUAUGUAAAUGAGCGCAGGCUCGAUGUUGCCCGAACAGACUUCAGCAUGGAAGGAGCCAACGUGGUUUUUACCAUCUUCAUCCCUGUAGCUAUAGUUAUGUUAAUUGUCACGUCCAUAUACUUCUAUAUUUCAAGGGUGCAAGGAAAGACGUUUCGAUUGCCCAUGUCCACAUCACCACAGUACGACCAGAUCAGAGGCGAGACAGCCUUUGAAAACCCCAUCUACGAGACAGCAAAGAACAGUGAGAGAGUGAUCAUUGCGCCCAGACACCAGCGCUUCUUCCCUAUAGGAUACUGUUGUAAUGAGAAAGCCUGUAAGGAGAGUUGAUCGGUGGAAUAGCACUGUUGGGAGCAAAGCAGGUCGGAACCAUAGGACACAAGAGAGUAUGAAGUCUCCAUUUAGACAUACUGCAUAUGUCCACACUGAGGACCUUAAGCCUUUCUUUGCCUUGUGGAGGUUCCCCAGCACCUUUCGCCUGCUUUCUGACCUCCUCUUAUCCUCAUCUCGCCCUUCUCGCACCCCACCUUUCCUCUUCUGGUCAGGUGUAAAUAUCCUGUUUGUCAGAGAAUUUCCACAAGUACUGCAAAGAGCGUGGAGAAUAUGAUCUUAUUUUUGUAGAGAUUCAAUAUCAGUGGUCUAGCAGCAGUGCUUUUACAGAUUUAUCCAGUUGUGGAGCAAAAAGCUGGAGAUAAAACUACCAAAAUGAAAGACUAGCUGCAUCCCAAAGUCUAGGCUGCAAAUUAGUCAGGUUACUUUUAACAAUUUAGUCAAAUGAAAUGAGAAAAGGAACAAACAGGCCACAUGGGCACAGCAUUGAAGAUACAAAAGAAAUUUGCAUUUAAAUAUGCAUAACUAAUUCUGUUUUACUUCAGCUGACCAUUCCAUUCUAUUCUGUUAAUAUUAAAACAUGAUAUAUGGAUACAAGAAACAUCUUUUCAUGUUUUCUGAAAUAAAAACACUUAGAUAAAAUUAGAUAUUAAACUAGACAUUACAUACUUGUGCCUUUCUGGCAUUUUCUUUAAACUUCAGGCUGCCACAAAGACUGUUGCGCUAUUGCAUUAGUGAAGGAUACACCAGACCAUAUCCUGUAUAGAUUGCAGUCUAGACUUUGACCUGCACCUACUGUCAUCAUUCAUUUGAUGUCUCUCUUUAAUGAAUUUUUUUUAUUUAUUUGUUAUUAGAAUUCAUUUUAGUGUAGUAGUCUUCUUCAUAAGCACAGAGAGGCUGUGAUAAAAAAAACAACAAAAAACGUAGAACUGGAGUUUUGUUUUUUCAUUUAUGAAUGUGACAAUAGAUCAGUCAGACUGAUUAUGGAACACAAAUGUUAUUUUGGGGGAUAAAAAUAAACGAUCACAUUGAUUAUUAUAUGUCUGUCACACAUACACACAUACACAAAAAAACACACACAUACACAUAUAUACACAUACACAAACAACACACAAACAAACACACACACUCUCUCUCUCUCUCUCUCUCUCUCUCUCUCUCUCUCUGUCGCUCUCUCUCUUUUGUCAAAUAAAUUUGUGCAUGUUUUAUAUAUUGGUGUCCUCUUUUGUUUCUGAUGCUUUUAAUCAUCAAAUUUAAAAAGUUUGUUGCCUUUUUUUUAUUCCUUCUUUGUAGUAAUAAGCAAAAUUACAUCAAAUUUAAUCACCCAUACAAAAAUAUAAAAAUCGUAAAAUAUCGUAUAAAUGCAUGGACUGAAAAGGACCUGUCCUUAAAAUAACAAUCAUCAUUUUAUGGUAUCUGAUUUAGUUGACAGUAUCAUAAUUUAUCAGAUUUUACUUUGCUUUUCCACAAAAAUUUGCUCUAUUCUUAAAAACAAAACAAAAACAUUCAUUCAGUCAUGGUUCCCAGCAUAGUGAGUAUACUAUGAUAAAUGCUGAAUAUAUUUAAAUACAGAUGGCACAAUACCACUUUACUUCUUAUGAUAUUGAAACUUUGACUAUAAAUGGUGAUUUAAAAUUUUUUAUUGAAGCAUUUCAUUUAAAAUCUAAAAUAACUACACUAAAGAUUCUCAAGCUUAUUAUUGUGCUUACAGAAAUACAUAACCAUCAACACAACCUUACAAGCAGCAGCAAUUUCUUUUCUUAUAAACCUGUUUGAACAUAUCACAGAGUAGCAAAGGUCCCCAUCAUGUAAAACUCACCUCCCAUAAUCUCUCAUGUGGCCAUUCACAUAACCUGCAUAUAAACACUUCAGGAGGAAAAAUGCACUUUUAUUAAGUUUAUCUUGAGGCAAGUUCUCGUAUUGUUUUGAAACAAAUGAACAGUCCUGCAAUGAUUACAAUGACCUUAAUUAUGUGACAAAAGUACCUUUACCUCUUCCCAUUAGUACCUUCAGCAUUAGAACAAGUGCAGCUGGUGUGCAGCUUCACAAAACCUGACCUGACAGUUCAGAAAUGGGGAAACAUGGAAAGCAACAGUAUUUAGGAAACUAUUAAUAUCCUAUGGCCUGGUCAAUACCUUCUCUUCGUCUCUUUCUAAAAGCUUUGAAAGAAGCAUAGCUUUUGUAAUGUUGGCUAGAGAUAUGAAGAUCAUCAUUUGGUUAAUUUAUAAAAUCUCAGUUAUUGACCAGAAAGUCUGGGUUCAAGCCCCAAAAACUCCACCUUGCCACUGUUGGACCCUUGAGAAAGGCUCUUAACUCUCUCUGCUCUUAAACCUCCUAAGCUGGGAUAAAAAUACUGUACACUAAUGUAUAUGUGAAAAAUAUAAUUCUUUCUCUUAUAUUGGUAUUGUUUUUAUUUUAAGACUGGUUUAAUGUGUUGGAGCAACUCUUUCAGCUUGUGUGUCAUAUAUAUAACAACUAUAUUAGCUAUUUAUUUGCUGUAUAAACCCAACUGAAGGUUAA